ACGUCGACGACGAUAUGGCCUCCGGAGAAGCCUCCUCCGGUCGACGAUGUCACCUUCUCGUGGUGCCAGACGUACAACCAGUCGGAUACGUGCUUUUCGAGGGAUUUGAAGCAUGGCUGGUGUUAUGAUUUUCGGCUUUUAGAUCCUGCCAUGUUGGAUAUGCUGGAGGAUGUGGGAGCGUCGGGAGGGCAAUGCAUGUUGUUCAGCGCCCCAGACUGUAAAGGCAAACGCACAGCUAUAUUCGCCGGCGAGCACCUUUGGACGUCAUAUCUCUGUCCAAAACCCAGCAAGAAGGUCAAGUGGAACCGCGACGGACGCUCGGUGCGCUGCUGUUCUGGCCCGCCAAACACGCCGUGGUGCAACAACGCAGUCAGAAAGACGCACAAAUGC